UUUAUCCGCUAUGCAUUAAUGAUUAAUCAUCAGUAUGAGUCACGUAAAAAGGUCAUGGUAAAUUUAAUUAUAUCCGGAGAACAGAUACACAAUAUAUAAAGGCAAGCUGUUUUAAUAAAAUGGUAGAUUUCGUAGGACGAAAUUCAGGGGAACCCCUUGAUAGUUUUAUAGACAGGGUUGUAAAUCCUGGUUCAACCUAUGUUAAACGGACAAAGUCGGUUAUACAUACAGUGGCAGAACUGAUGAAAUCUAAUAGUGUGGAUCAUAGAAUAGGCUCUACUGUGAAGGGUGGAUCACUUGGAAAAGGAACAGCUGUCAAAUAUCGUGCGGAUGCAGACUUAUUAUUUGUUUACACAGAUAUAACAUCUGUUGAAAUGCUCAAGUCCAAAUUACCAGAUCUACUGAAGGAACUACACUCUGUACUGGCUCUUUCUAAACACAAGGUGACCACUGUAAAACCCACACCGUACACGAUACAGUUUACAAUUAAAGUAAAGGGUCGUCUUAACGAGGUCGAUCUUCUUCCUAUUAUUCAGUUAGAUACUGGAGAUCGUUCAAUAGAAACGAUGAAACCAAUUUACGACCAAAUGGAGGCAAAUGAGGACCUGAGAGAAUUUUACUUCAAAUGUUUAGCUCAAUUGCAAGUGGACUUUGUCAAAACAAAGGAUGAACAAAUUAAGAGAUCAAUACGGCUUUUGAAGUACUGGAUAAAAACUCAGAAGCAUGUGCUGAAGUCAUAUGCGGCCGAGUUAUUGGUAAUAAAGGCAUAUGAAGAAAUGAGUAAACCGACAACUGGUAAAAUACAGACACUCAACUUGAUGAAAGCUGUCUUUACGAAACUUUCAGACCUUAAAAACUUAAAAGUAUCCUGGGACACAUAUUAUACACCAUCAAGUUAUUAUCAACCGCUACCGGACCCACCUUACAUACUUGAUCCAGCUUUUCCAUAUCAUAAUCUGACCAAACAAACAUCAAAAGGCAUUGAUGGCAAAUACGUCCAUCUUGAAAGAGAUGCUAAAAAAUUCUUAGCAAAUUUGAAAUAAAACUUUAUUAUGCUAAAUGCUAAAAUGAGUCUACUGUGGAUAUUCUUUGGGUGACCAGACGCAAAAUGUGCAAUAUGGCAAUACAUUGACGUUGCUUUUUCCAGAAAAAAUACAAAAUUUCAAAACAACCAAAUAUGGAUUGAAUCAGGGUUUUAUAUAAACAUGUAUUGAAUCUAAAGAUUUUGUUCACAUGUUUGACAUGGACAAAGGUAGGGAUAUUGAAACAUUAAGUUAUUUGAAAUAGGUGAUCACUAUACAGCUUAUAGCCACAUGUGGAGCAGGAUCUACUUACCCUUCCGGAGCACCUGAGAUCACCAGUUUUUGGUGGGGUUCAUGUUGCUUAUUCUUUAGUUUUCUAUGUUGUGUCAUGUGUACCUUCGUUUGUCUGUUUGUCUUUUUCAUUUUUAGCCAUGUUUUUGUCAUUUUAUUUUCGAUUUAAGAGUUUGACUGUUCCUUUGGUAUCUUCCGUCCCCCUUUUACUUUGAGGUUUUGACCAUUUCCCUUUCUACCAUCAUUGCACAGUCCUUAAGCGCAAGGAAAUCAGCAGUUACAGAAAAAGCAAAUGAAAUCACAAUUCAUAUUGACACUUUAUUCAUAAAUAACGAUGAAUCCUGAAAAUAACAUUCGUGUUAGUUGUAUUUCAUAUUUAGUGAAUGUAUGAAUUUUAUCACAUAUUCCAGUUAUAAUCGAUUAUUUUUUGGCUGUUUGAACGUAUCGACAAACAUUAAAAUAAUACAAACCAUAGUUUUUAAAGGUACAUUCCUUAAGUAUUAAAUGUUUCUAUGACUUAUAAAAUACAAUAAAUAGAACGUAGAGACAUA